AUCUCAGAACUCAUGAAAUUGAUGUCAUUUUUAGAAAUUUACAUUUAAAAGACGACUAAUAGGGGUAACUUGAGAUAAGAAAUAUCACCAUUUGAGUAUGCGUGGUUGAAAGAAAAGAGCUUGGCAAUAAAACGAUUUCGCAAGGACUCAAUUUUAUAAGUUUGACUCCAGCCAAGCCAGAAGAAGGAGGUAUUUUGCUCGCUCUUUGGACUUUCAUCGCCUAUCUAGUUUUUUUCUGACUAUUUAUAUUUAACCCUAAGAAUAAUUUAAAAUAAAAUUCUGAAAAAAUGGCGAGAACUUGUUUCGGACGGUUGACGGUGGGACAUGGAACGCUCAUAAUUGGAAUUCUUCAUAUCGUCUGCGCCAUCCUCUCCGUGAUCUUGAUUUCCAUUGGGAUCUUUCAGUUGAUGGCGAUGGAGGACCCCGAUCCAAUUAAGGAACCUAACUUUCGUGAAGAUGCCAGUUUCUACAUCACCAUCGGUUGUAUCCAGAUCUUCAUCGCGGUCGUGUACUUGAUCUUGGCAAGCCUCAUGGUGCAUGGAUAUCGCAUCCGAAAUUACCGUUUCAUCAUGCCAUGGUUGGUCUGGAACUAUGUGUCCCUUUGCCUCGGUGCUGCUGCGACUUUCAUCACGUUUUUAAGGAUUACCUCCGCUUAUGCAUCCACUGGACAAGGCGGUGCGGGAUUUAUUAUAGUCGCCGUUAGUGUGCUUUCCCUGGCAGUGGGGGCUUACUUUGUCUCCGUGGUGGCAAGAUUCGUCGACGGGUUGAAGGUAGGCUCGAAUUAAGCUUUGGGCGCAUUACUGGAUGAAAUGCUGCAAAUUUUGUUUUUUCUUUCUAUAUGCUACUAUAUUUAAUAUGCUAAAUUUCUUAAUGGUGGUGAGAUUUCUUUAGUCUUUAGAUUUCUUCUCUUCUAAAGUUUUUGGGAUAUAAAUAAUAUAAUUAUAAUAUAUUUCUAACUUCAUACAAAUUUAUGUAUACUUUGAAUAUGCGUUGAUAUGUUCAUUGAAAAAGUAUUUAUUA